AAGUGGACAAGAAAAGCAAUUCGCUGUCGUCCUGCAAGCUCUUGAUUUAUCUGAGCCUGUGCAUCAAGUUCCUGGCUUGACGAUCAGACCGGGCCAGGAUGUAUGUCGUCACUUCAAAAGGGGGUGGCGUGGUCCUCAUGAUUGCGGCACUUAUCCUGCUGGGAACUUGGCCCGCACUGUUCAACCUUCUCGAGCGACGCGGGCGGAAACCCCAGCAUACAUUUAUGGACUACUGCAUCUUCAACUACUUGGUUGCCAUCAUCAUUGCCCUGACCCUUGGUCAGAUCGGCUAUUCAACAGAAGAGACGCCAAACUUCAUCCCACAGCUCCACCAGGACAAUGGGCCCUCGGUUGGAUUUGCUGUGGCUGGAGGCAUUCUCCUCUGCCUGGGCAAUAUUGGCACACAGUAUGCGUUGGCAUAUACAAAUCUGUCCAUCACAGAGGUCGUUGGAUCCUCUCUCACAGUGGUCGGCGGCACCAUCCUGAAUUACUUCUUGGAUGGGCGCAUCAACAGGGCCGAGAUCCUGUUUCCGGGUGUGGCGUGCUUUCUGAUUGCCGCCAUCACAGGGCUGUUUGUGCAUGCCUCGAAUAUGGACGACCACAAUACCAAAAUGGGGAGGAAGUCCUCAAAGGGCUGGCUCAGCAAGGGUGUCGGCGUGGACCUUGAGAAGGCAGGCGCCAAAAGUGAGGGCAGCAGCGCUCGCGGCAGCGCUCAGUUUCUGGCCGAUGUCGAGAGCAGGCGCUCCAUCAAGGUCGUGGGCAACAGUGUCCUCAUUGGCGUCUUCAUUCUGUGCUUCAAUGGCACCUGCUACGCCCUGUUCAGUCCCGCCUUCAAUUUGGCCACAAAUGAUCAGUGGAAUCGGCUGCCAGAGGGUGUUCCCCAUCUGGUCAUCUACACUGCCUUCUUCUACUUCUCGACCAGCUUCUUCAUCUUCUCCCUGAUUGUGAACACGGUGUUCUUGUACUUCCCCAUCCUGGGCGCGCCAAAGUCCUCCCUGCCCGAGUACUUCAAGGACAUGAAUGGCCGUUUGUGGGCGGUGCUGGCCGGCAUCAUCUGCGGCCUCGGCAACAGUUUCCAAUUUAUGGGAGGCCAGGCCGCUGGAUAUGCUGCAGCUGACUCUGUGCAGGCCCUUCCUCUGGUGAGCACCAUCUGGGGAGUAGUCCUCUUUGGAGAGUACUUCAGGUCAUCCAAGCGGACCUACAUCCUGCUGGCUGGCAUGCUCUUCAUGUUUGCUGUGGCUGUGGGGCUCCUGAUGGGCUCUGCAGGCACGCGCAAUGAGUGA